AUGGCUGCCAUCUUUUGCAGAAGAGCACAAGGAUUCCUCGACAUUCAAGAGUGUUCAGUCCGUUUAGUUCAGUCAUAUCUUCUCUUGGCGUUAUAUUUUCAAAGCAUGGGCGAAUCUCGUAUGUGCUGGUUAUAUGUUGGGAACGCAAUACGCACAGCUCAGAUGCUUGAACUUCACUUACCUGAAACAAGCGAACGAAUAGCCAAAAGUCAAGCUAGAAACUCGCUUCGUAAAGCUUGGCAUAGUUGUGUUCUUAUGGAUAGAGAAGUUUCAAUGUUAUAUGGUCGACCAUCUAUGAUCGAUCCACAAGCUGCUACUGCUAUCCCGCUCCCCUUAAUUGCGGAGGAUGAUAAUUACCAACCGAGACACAAUGAAGAGAACACCAUAGAAACGCGACAAACUUAUAUUUCUGAUUUCUUUAAGUCCUGUCUAGGACUUUACGACAUCUUGUACGCCGUACUCCUCGAUUUACGACAUAGCAAAUCUGACAGAAAUCUGAAGAAAGGGCGUUCCACUUCCGAGAACAUCUCAUCUGCUGGGACAAGCGCUGCAAUUUUCAAUCUACAGGAAAGACAUUCAGAUUGGGAACGAGACAAUCCUGAACAUCUCAGGAUUGAGCAGCAUCCCACCUACCACGAUCUAAAUGCUGAGUUAAUCCGUCAAGCAGUAGUUCUUCACCAAAGACAUCUCCACAUUCAAUUAUUGUUGUUGACGCCCGUUCUUCAACAACUCAUUCGCACCGAAUUUCCAAAUAAAGCAGAACGUAUCCGUCUUGGAAGUUUACUCUCUCAUCGAAUCUCUCUCCAAUAUGCAAUUGUAUGUGUCAAAAUCGCCCAAGAAGCUAUCGAUACUAUACACCUUCGCGAGACUUCAGGUUCGAAUGAGAUCUCUCCAUGGUGGUGCAAUGUAAUAUUCUUGUACAAGUCUGCAACAGUAUUGAUCGCAGGAGGUCUCUGCCCUUCUAUUGUGGCUGAAAUAUCAGAAACCGCAAUACAUGAAAGUUUCUCCAAAGCCACUGCAAUUCUCAGACAAUACACUACUUUCACCUCGCCACCUACCCCCGAUGACGAUAACAGCGCGGCAACAUUCCAGUACUGGUAUCCGAUAAAACCAAUCCGUCAUGCCGCAUCUGCUCACCAAGAUACUGUGCUUCCUAGCCCCGAAAAUAGUGGUUCAUCUCAGAUUCUCACGGAUUUGGACCGGCGUUUUGACACGGUCGAUUUUACAUGGCUUACUAAGAUGCCUUUUGAUACUUGA